AUGCUGGGAACGAGGAGCGAUGAGGCCGGAACCACCGCAAGCUCACAAUCGGAGCAUUCUCGGCGACUCCCCGUAUCAAAUCAUCCAGAGAAUAUGUCAGAAAAGGCAUUGUUGGAUGAGAAUUCGAUCUUGGGCGAUUCCCGAAAAGAAGCACUUACGCAUAGCCACGAUGUUCUCAAUGUCCAGGGGUGUGACUCCGAGAAGGCCGCGAGGAGCGGAGGGUCUUCAGUAAAUGAAUACCGGUCAUCCCAGCUUGAUUCUGUUGAUCAGGGGGACGCAAACGGACCAUACCAAGAGGGCCAGCAUAUACGGGGACGAGAAGAGUCUGCCACCUUUCAGUUAGAAAAGAUGCGGCAUCGGCCCCGCUCGGAGGGCAGAACCCUGCUUGCCCCCAGCGAACCUGCAUCAAAACCAGUGUCGAAAAUCAAUUCAAAAAAAACCCUUGCUGCCACAGUCGAAUACCGAUCCGACAGAAUUGGAAUUCUUCAAGCACCAACGUCACAUGUCCACCGGCCUGACCACGAUACCCAGCUGACCAGCCAGACACAACGGGCCCAGCAGAUUGAUGAUUCCAAUCCACAAGUGACGGAUGCGCUGGAACGAGAGGCGCAAAAGCAAGAACCACAGACCUUACAUGGCAAUGCCCCUGAUUUCGUAUCUGCAUCUUUCCCAUCUCAUGCCUCCAAGCAACCCGAGGCUGCAGGUCAAGUAGCGCAGAAGAGAAAGCGUGAAAAAGAAGUGCGACGAGCAGCAUCCUGCAUGCAACAAUUGCAUUCGUGGCGGCUUUCUAUGCGAGGGAUACACGUCGCGAAGUAUAUGCCAGAGGCCCUCCAGCCCAAGAACGUUGAAAACUUCCAUCGCUGUGACCGACAUUCCGAAAUGGCUAAGGUCGUCGAAACGCGAAACAUGGAGCCGGGCAUAGUUGAAGGCACUGAGUGGCCAGCCCAGCAAUACAGCACCAGCGGGACUAGCACGGGCCUCGGCAGUACAUCUCAGAAACGGCCCAACGAUACAGCGUGUACCCUUAAACACUUUGCGGAUCCAGAUCAUUGGAAGCCUCCACCCAUCCAUAACCCCUCGCGCGUGGGGCGUCCUGGAUCAAAUCAUCAAGUAAUUCCAUCAAUUCGCCGACUGUUCCAUGAAACACAUUCGGAUCCAAAGUUGCCUCUGUUUCGGAGUUUGGCCGAGCAAUAUUAA